ACCUAUCACAAAACCUAGUUCGUGGCCUUCCCUAUGUAGUAGCGUUGUAUUUGGUGGUGGGGCUCUUUGCAUUCCCCAGUGGUCCAUUUGUCCGACCCCAUCCUGCAGUGUGGAAAAUCGUCUUUGGUCUCAACUUCCUGUACUUGCUAGCAGUAGUAUGGGCGCUAUUCCUAACUCCUGAGCAACUCAGAAAUCUACUGCAUGGCUUAGAUCCCUCAAUGGGCGA